UUGAACGCAACAUGUGUCGAUCUGGUGAAUGAUUUUGAGUGCACUUGCCCUUCAGGUUUUACCGGAAAACGAUGUCAGACCAAAGAAAACCUCUGUAAGACGAAUUCCUGCGAGCAUGGAAUUUGUGUAGACACAUUGUUCGAACAGAAAUGUAUCUGUGAAGAAGGAUGGGCUGGAGAGAGAUGUGAUUCAGCGGAAAACAAAUGUGCUGAAGACCCAUGCAGGAACGGCGGAAAGUGUAUACGACAGAUUACUUCUUAUAAAUGUGAAUGUAGUGCUGGAUACUUUGGGAAAAACUGUCAGCAUUUGGUUGAUCAUUGUAUCUCUAGCCCUUGUAGUAACAAUGGCACUUGUACAAAUCUGGGGCCUUCCUACGUUUGUACCUGCCCAUUGGGUUACGAAGGCGUACAUUGCGAACAUAAUAUUGACGAAUGUAAAUAUAAUAAAUGUAAUGAAGUAGGAACACAGAACUGUGAAGAUGGUAUCAAUAGUUUCUCAUGCAUCUGCAAACCUGGCUAUGAAGGUUCUUACUGUGAGCAGAAGAUCGAUCAGUGUAAGUCUUCACCAUGCCGAAAUAACGGUUCAUGUGUUGAUGUGGGAGCAUCAUUCCAAUGUAAUUGCGCUGAGGGUUGGACUGGACAACGAUGUGAAAAACAAGCAAGUGUUUGUAUGAACAAUCCCUGUCAUAAUAACGGUCAUUGUGUUCCGACUUCGAGUGGAUAUUUCUGUGUCUGUCCUGAAGGAGUGAGUGGAAAAGAUUGUGAAGUAGCACCAAACCGCUGUAUGGGAGAGCCUUGCCUUAAUGGUGGAGUAUGUGGUGAUUUCGGUUCCAGAUUACAAUGCACCUGCAACAAAAGUUACCGAGGGGAUGGUUGUCAGUACAUCAAAGACUUGUGUGGACCUGAUACUUGUCAAAAUGGUGGAUCAUGCUUCGUUGAAAACGGAAAGUUCAAUUGUCUCUGUCCUUCAGGUUUCACAGGAGAACACUGUGAAACAAACAUCAAUGAUUGUCUGACAUCACCUUGUCCAGUUAACUCACAGUGCAUCGAUCAGAUUAAUGGAGUUUACUGUCGAUGCCCAUUCAACAAAAUGGGCUCGAGUUGCGAAAAGGAUAUUGAUGAGGACUAUGAUUUCCAUUUCUAUGACAGCUUAAGACCUGCAGUCGUUUCGACUGCACUUCCCUUUUCAUUAACAGGCUCAGAGUUCACUCUAUCAUUCUGGGUUCGUUUCGACAACGAGCAAGGCAAAGGAGAUGUCCUUACACUAUAUAACAGCAGUCAUUCGAACUAUUCCCUAGAUCCUGUCUCUCUAUUGGAAGUGAAUGAUGAAGGCUUCACGUUAAACCUUUUCGCUGAUAAACCAACACUACAUCUGCACUUCCCUACUUCGCAAAGAGUUAAUAAUGGCCGAUGGAAUCAUCUUGUGUUCAUGUGGUCUUCACAUCACGGCUCAUACUCUUUAAUCUGGAACUCAAUUCGUUUGUUUGAUGACAGCGGUUAUGGAGUAGGCAAGCAAUUGAAUAUCAAUGCUAUCAUAUCUCUCGGAUCAGAUAUGACACCCUUGGAAGGCUCAAUUACGCGUGUGCAUAUGUGGGAUCGAGUAAUCAGUUUCGAAGACGAAGUUCCCAUUCUCGCUACUAGUUGUCAAGAGUCGGAGCCGAGCCUGAAAAAUUUGUUGGUUAGAUUCUCAGGAUACACCGUCAUCAAAGGAAAGGUAGAACGAUUAUCUAGGAGCACCUGCGGUCGAGAAAAUGUUAAACUUCAAGAAGAAAGUGAGAUAAUCGUGGAGAAUUGUCCACCAGAUCAAUAUCUCUUAACUUCUCAACGGGAAAUAAAUGUCACUUGGCAGGAGCCUAUGUUUUUGUCGAGAAAAUCCCUGAUUAAAAUAGAAAAAAACUUGAAGCCUGGACAGAUUUUGACUUGGGGAGAAUACGAUGUUCUAUAUGUCGCAUACGAUAAUGCAUCAAGAUCUUCGAGAUGUAGCUUUAAGAUUAUUGUGGCCAAGGAGCAUUGCCCCGUUUUGCAGGAGCCGAUUAAUGGAAUUCAAGCUUGUGAAGCAUGGGGUCCACAGCUUCGUUAUAAAGCAUGCUCUAUUGAAUGUCGUGACGGGUUUGAGUUCUCUCGCCCUCCUUCUUACUUCUACACAUGUUCUUCUGAUGGAGAAUGGAGACCAAGGCAAGACAAUAAGAUUAUGUUCCGUUAUCCACAAUGCACAAAAACUAUUCCUGCUACGAGAGUCGUUGUCAUUAAGUUAGCAUAUCCAGCUACAACUAUGUGCUCUGAUGCCAGUAAGACAGCUCUCCGCUCAAAGUUAAUGGAUGCGAUCAAUGAAAUUAACAGAAAGUGGACUAUAUGCAGUGCAAUGGAAGCCAAUGAAUGCAUUGGUGUUCGCAUCGAUAUUGAAUGUGUUUCUGACGUAUCUCGAACCAAACGGGAAGCUCAUUCAUUCAGAAUCCGUGUGGAACUGCCAGUGAAGAGAACCCUUGUUGUUGAUUCGGUUUCUGGUCAGAAAUUAGCUGUGGCCGAUGUGCUGCAAGACGCUAUUUUGACGAAUGGUGCUUUCAACAUGGAAAAGGUUUUACCAAACGGACGUCCUGACUUGAAUACUUUCCAACUUUUGGACCAGUUCCACUGUCAGCCAGGCCAAAUCCCGGUGGAUGAUGUUUGCGUGCCUUGUGCUCCUGGAACGUACUAUUCCGCCAGCAGUUCUGAAUGUGAACCAUGCGCCGAAGGAACUUAUCAGCCAUUGUCUGGACGAUCCCAGUGCUUCACAUGCCCCUCGAACCAAGUAACGGCAGGAAUGGGAGCAAUAUCAGAGGAUGAAUGUAAAGACAACUGUAAACCAGGUCAUUACCUAGACUUGACGACGUCAAAGUGUACAGCCUGCGGACUAGGUUUCUAUCAACCUAAGUCUGGUUCAUUCAAAUGCAUUUCUUGUGGAAUCGGGAAGAUAACUUUAUCAAAUUCGUCUACAACGGAAGAACAAUGCAAAGAUGAAUGUCCAGAUGGGGAGCAACUCUCUAUGUCUGGAGUAUGUCAACCAUGUGCCUUCGGUUUUUACCGCAGCCGUGGCGAGAAUAAACAAUGCGUGCAAUGCCCUCCUGGAACUACUACUGAAACAACCUCGUCUACUCGGAGAGAACAAUGUAAUACACCAUUGUGUCGUCCCGGACAAUAUCUAGUGAAAGAAACAAAGCAUUGUCAGUUCUGUCAACGUGGAACUUUCCAAGAUGUUGAACAGCAAACAAGUUGUAAGCUCUGUCCUGUUGAUCAUACAACAGCAGCAGAAGGAGCAACGGCUGAAUCUCAAUGCUAUAACACGAAUCAAUGUACGACCGGAGAGGAUGAUUGCUCGUGGCAUGCCUUAUGUAUUGAUUUACCUGAUCAGAACGAUAUUCCCUCAUAUGAGUGUAAAUGUAAACCCGGCUACAUUGGAAAUGGAACUUAUUGUAAAGAUGCCUGCAAUAAUUUCUGUUUGAAUGAUGGGGUAUGCAAGAAAAAUCCAGUUGGUCUUGUUGAAUGCGUCUGUAAAGAUUAUUUCACUGGUGAACGAUGUGAAGAGCGAGUUCAACAGUCUUCUCAGAAGUUUACUCUCAUAAUGGCAGCAAUCGGAGGAGUUGUCGUUGUGCUAGUAGCCAUUGUUUCUAUUGUUUACAUGAUUUCUUGUCGCUUUAACCGCUUGGAUGAAAUUCAACCGGAAAAGAGUCAUAUAGAUGAUCUUCAAAAUAAUUUCAUAUAUGGACCACCCAUCAUCGAUGGGGCACGCCCUGUUGGAUAUUACUAUGAAGACGAUGAUGAAUUCGAAUCUAAAAGUAUGUACGUGACAGAAAAGGAUUCCGAUGACAAUAUUCGAGAGAAUACAUUAGAACAAAGGAUCCGAACUGCUCAACAGCAUAUGUACAGACCGAGUAUGACUCAAGACCAAAUAUAA